GCAACAAGUUCACAAUUUUCAUAACUUAACUUGCAUGGAGCUUAUUUUUGGGUCAAGUUGGUGUACCAAAUGGAAGUGGGUGCUAGAAUUGCUUGAACAUUGCCCUAAGCUUCAAAAUCUUACUCUUGAUGAAGUUUUACACUUUUACCGUGCUGAGGACGAUUGGAAGGAACCAGCAAUUGUUCCGAAAUGCAUUUCCUCUCAACUUAGAACAUGCUCACUUAAAGCUCAUAGAGGCAGGACGUAUGAGCUUCAGUUUGCAGAGUAUAUUAUGAAGAAUGCAACAGGAAUGCACACCAUGACAAUUAGUGGCCGGCGGCUGGAACACCAAAUGCUAUUGAAAUUAUCUUCAUGUCCAAGGGGCUCUGCUACAUGUAAACUCUCAUUUGAAUUUGAUUGACGAAGGU